AUGACCAAGAAACAAAACACUUCAACACUUACUAGCAUUCUUGCUGGAGGACUGGCAGGGGCAAGUGAGACUGUAGUAACCUACCCAGCCGAAUUCGUCAAGACACGCCGCCAACUCGAAGUAUCACGUCAAGGCCUAAAAACACCCUCUUCCUUCUCUAUCCUGCGCUCUACAAUAAAGAACCAUGGCAUCAGCAACAUCUACGCCGGCUGCCAAACCCUAGCAACCUCCAACGCCAUAAAAUCAGGCGUCCGCUUCUUCUCCUUCGAAACCUCAAAACGCUACUUGACUCGCGUGACCUCAAACACAAACACCACAGGCAUCAACGUCGUCUCUGGACUCUGUGCAGGAAUCACCGAAAGCGUAUUAGUAGUCACACCUGGCGAAAGUCUAAAAACAAGAGUCAUCCACGACGCUUCUUCAGGAGGAAAUCUGGGAAAACAGUCUUUGCCGAGGAUCAUUUCGUCGGUGGUGAAAAGGGAGGGAGUGUUGAGUUUGUGGAAGGGGUUGACGCCUGUGUUGUGCAAGCAAGCUACCAAUUCGGCGGUGAGGUUUGCGACGUUCAAUGCUAUCCGGGAUAGAUUGAGGGUGGCUUGGCCCGAGAAGAUGGGUGGCACUACGGCGACGUUGGUGGCGGGUGCUGGGAGUGGCGUGUUGACUGUAUAUGCGAGUAUGCCUUUCGACAACAUCAAGACGAGGAUGCAGAGUAUAGGUAACAAGUACACUCGCAUGACGAGCUGUGCUGUUCACAUGGCAAAGACGGAGGGCACAAAGGUGUUCUGGAAGGCUACUACACCGAGGUUGGUCAGACUCACGCUAUCGAGUAGUAUCACCUUUAUGGUGUACGAUAAAGCGGUGGGUCUGAUGAACAAGUUGACGGAGCAUAGCACUGAGCUGCCGGGUAUCAAGCAAUUGGCAUAG